AUGGAAUCCUACGCCAGCCAAGAUGAAGAACAGGCGGACCAUGACAUAUUUUCAGAGGAAAGUCGUUCCUUUCCGAAAAAGAAGAGUCCACUGCAUAGACGGUUCCUUUGCCUCGUUAAAGAUGGUGUCCUUGAGGAGGUGGAAGCGAUGUUAAGAGACAACCUUGAUGACUUGUCCUUCACCAUCGACUGCCUGGACCCGUGUGGCCGUUCUGCUGUAGAACUGGCGACGAUCCGGGGUAACCAGGAGAUGGUGGAGACAUUACUGAGACAUGGAGCGGACUUGGGAGACUCGCUACUGUACGCUGUGGACUUGGAGAAGGAAGACAUCGUCACCACUUUGCUGACUCAUACCUGGCUAGAAGGUAGUCAAAACGGCACUAAGAAGGGAACACCCAAAGAAUCGCUGUAUUCUCCACACGUCACACCGGUCCUCCUAGCGGCGCAUCGCAACAACUACAGCAUCCUAAAACUCCUCCUGGAUCACCAGUUCCCUCUCCCCAGCAUUGGUGACGUCAGCGGUUCGACCGACCACAGAGCCAAGCUUGACUUCUACCGCGCCGUCACCAGCCCUUCUUACAUCCUCCUCACCAGCCAAGAUCCCUUCGAAACCGCUUUCAACGCUAAGGAGGAACUGAACAACACCGUCUCUUGUCUCGAGACUGGAAAAAGAGAAUUCCAAGAACUCUCUGCCCGUCUUGAGGAGUUCAUUGCAGAGCUUAUUGAUUUCGCCAGGUGUCCUGAUGAGGUCAUGGUCGUUUUGAACGAUGGCGACAACAUGGAGGACAUCGCAGGAUUGCGCAUGCGUCAACUUCAGAGAGCCAUUGAAGUAGGAUAUAAGAAGCUGUUGGAAAUCUUAACUCCUGUUCUGGCAGUCCUGUAUUUGGUCGUCCCAAAGACUCGUCUGGGGCAGAGCAUCGCCUCACCUGUUGUUAAGUACAGCAUGAAGGCCUGGUCCUGGUUCAUAUUCUUGCAAUUCAUGAUAUUACUUAGCGGUGACACCGGAUCCUUUGAUGCUUUGAUGGGAACCUACUGGUGCUGGGUGCUCGGUAUGGUGUGGGAGAAGAUGAAGGAGAUUUGGACAGCUUCAGUGGACGCCUGGAACAAGUGGGACCUGCUGCUGCUUCUGUGUCACGUGACAGCUACAGGCUGCUUUGUAGGCGGCAUCUUUGCCAUCACAAGGGACCCCAGCCUUGCCCUCAGUGCAGACGAGUUGAACCCGUUCUUCAUCGGUGUGUACCUGUUGGCGAUAGCGGUCAUCCUCAGCUUCGCCCGGUACAUGAGCAUGUUGAUGUUCUCCGAGACUAUUGGCCCGCUCCUGCUGUCCAUGUACAAGAUGGUUGGGGACAUCUUCAAGUUCCUCAUCGUGUUUCUCAUCAUCAUCGUCGGUUUUGCCACUGCUUUACAACGCCUGUAUAGUUCACCCAGACCGGAUUCAGAAUGCCUCUUGAAGUAUUUUCAAGCUACACAAGAAGCCAACAACACCAACUUCAAUUUUACCGCCUAUGACUUCUGUGAUUAUGGGCAAUUUGCACAACUGCAUCACUCCAUAUGGUACCUGUUUGGGACACUGUACGGAAAGUUUGACUUCACCGACCUGGACGUGGCGGCACCAAACGCGGUCCAGUUUCCUGUAGUAUCCAUCUGGCUGAGCAGAAUCCUGUUCAUCACCUACAUCACAAUCUCCAUUAUCAUCAUGCUGAACAUGCUCAUCGCCAUGUUGAGUGACUCCUUCUCUAGUGUCUCGUCCGACGCUGAGGUGGAGUGGCGCUUCGCCCGUUCCCGUGAGAUGUUGAAAUACAUCCCCAAAGGCCGCACGCUGCCGCCUCCCUUCAACCUCAUCCCCAGUCCCAAGUCGGGCUGGUACUUCCUGAAAUGGCUCGUUCUGAUUUGCCGCGGCCAAAAAACUCAAAAGGAAAACGAAAUCGCCUUGAAGCUGGCAAAGGAGAAGUAUAAGAUGACCAUCAAAAUGCUCAGCACACGAUACCUGCUGGCGUACAGUCUUCGUCGGGAUCAAACUGUGAAGAAUUGAGCAUCUGCCCUGGAUCAUUUGCAGGUCCUGGUAUUCUUAUAAAGACGUUUGUUUCUUAUGAAAUGUAGGAAUAUU